AAUUCUGUUGUCACAUUUUCAAACUCCUCCGAUCCCGAGCAGCACACCUUCUCCUCCAUCGGAAAGGCGGGAAAGUCAUCAGGUGGAAUCAACGGUAUUCAAGAGCCUCUUAUCAAUGAGGAAGCACAUUCGGAAAACUAUUCUGUGCUAUCUGCUAUCCUCCCAUUUCUUUUCCCAGCUCUUGGAGGACUACUUUAUGGCUAUGAUAUUGGUGCCACAUCUUGUGCUACAAUUUCUAUAGAGUCUGCCACGUUAAGCGGGAUUACAUGGUACAACUUUUCUUCUGUAGACAUUGGCCUCAUAACCAGUGGCUCAUUAUAUGGUGCCUUGAUUGGCUCUGUUUUGGCUUUUAAUAUUGCCGACUUCCUAGGAAGAAGAAGGGAGUUGUUUGUGUCUGCUCUAUUGUAUCUUUUUGGAGCUCUGAUAACAGCAGUGGCACCUGACUUGUUUGUUAUGUUGAUUGGGCGUUUUGUAUUUGGUAUUGGAAUCGGACUGUCAAUGCAUGCUGCUCUGAUUUACAUUGCUGAGACUGCCCCAAGUCAGAUACGAGGUCGAUUAAUUUCUCUCAAGGAGUUCGUUAUAGUUUUUGGUAUGGUUGUUGGUUAUACAGUUGGUAGCCUUUUGGUUGAUACAGUUUGUGGUUGGCACUAUAUGUAUGGAGCUAGCUCCGCUUUAGCGGUGAUUAUGGGAAUUGGAAUGUGGUGGUUACCUGCAUCACCUAGAUGGUUACUUCUUCGUGCUAUACAGGGAAAAGGCAGUAUGCAGGAUUUGAGAGAGACUGCCAUAUGUUCCUUGUGCUGGCUUAGGGGUGAAGCUAUUGGUGAUUCAGCUCCUGAGCUAGUAGAUGAAAUGCUGGCUGAGCUUUCUUAUAUUGGUGAAGAAGAAGAAGCUACACUAGGGGAAAUAUUUCGAGGGAAAUGCUUGAAAGCUCUUAUUAUUGGUGCAGGAUUAGUCUUGUUUCAGCAGAUAACAGGGCAACCUAGUGUACUAUAUUAUGCUGCAUCAAUCUUUCAGAGUGCAGGAUUCUCUGCAGCAUCUGAUGCGACAAGGGUUUCUAUUCUUCUUGGCUUAUUGAAGCUGAUUAUGACUGGUACAGCUGUUCUGCUUGUUGAUAGACUUGGGAGAAGACCUUUACUACUUGGAGGUGUCUCUGGUAUUGUAAUCUCGUUAUUCCUUUUGGGAUCAUAUUACACUUACCUUGAUGAUGCACCACCGGUUGUGGCUGUAGUUGCGCUGCUACUAUAUGUCGAAUGUUAUGAGCUAUCAUUUGGUCCCAUCGGGUGGCUGAUGAUUUCAGAGGUCUUCCCAUUACGUCUACGAGGGCGAGGAUUAAGUAUAGCAGUGCUUGUAAAUUUUGGAGCAAAUGCACUAGUAACGUUUGCAUUUUCUCCUCUGAAGGAAUAGCAGUUUUGUCGCUCAUUUUCAUAUUUUUCAUCAUACCAGAAACAAAGGGGCUCAGUCUGGAGGAGAUCGAGGCCAAACUCCUCUAGGCUUUGUUGCCUCCAAGCAAACAUCUGUGCUCGAGAUGCUUGUCCUUUCAACAUCUGCUGUGAGACCAUACUCGGUCCGUUGAAUCUUUAAGAACAUAUAAGCACAAGUUCAGCUGGAAGUAGAAUAAAACUUAAAGAACAUAUAAGCACAAGUUCAUUUUUAGGGAAGGAUACUUUUCAUAUCUUGUCUCGUUCUCUUCAUUCUUGAAUAUCAGAGAAGUUUUUAGCGUUGUCUAGCUACAAUGCUACAAGUUGGGAUCCAAUGCAAUCAAAAUUGAAACACACACUGCUGUGUGUUUCUAUCACAGCCCUUGAUUGUUGUACAGCUCCCGUUCCAUAAUGUGUGUGCAGCAGAGGAUCCAUGCAGACACCGGCAGAUCCAGGGGUGGGCUUGAGGGCUCAAGCCCAACCCGAAUUUUUUUUUUUUUUUUUGGCUAUACAUAAAUUUAGACCAGCCCAAAAAAUAUUAAAAAUAAAAUAAAAUAAAAUAAUUAUUACUAGUAUUAGCCCAUCCAAAAAAAUAUUAACCCACCUCAUUGACAAUUUUUGAAUCCGUUCUUACACGCAGGGUGCAAAGUUGCAUUUCCCUUUGAUACGGUGGGCUCUUAUAUAUAUAAUUAUAUGUGUGUGUUUGUGAAUUUUAUGUUAUUUUUUAUGGGUUGUUUGACCUUUGGGAUCAUAAAUAUGGUAUGGGGUCAACUUGAGU